AUGACUGAUGUUAAAAUUGGUAUCAAUGGUUUUGGUCGUAUUGGUCGUCUUGUUUUCCGAUGUGCACUUGAAAAAGGCAUAAAAAUUGUCGGAGUUAAUGACCCAUUCAUUCCUGCUGACUAUAUGGUUUAUAUGUUUAAAUAUGAUUCAACACAUGGUCGAUUUAAAGGUGAUGUUUCAACAAAAGGAGGAAAACUUAUUGUUGAUGGACAUGAAGUUGCCGUUUUUACUGAAAAGGAUCCAUCAAAAAUUCCAUGGGGUCAACUUGGUGUUGAAUAUGUUGUGGAAUCUACUGGUGUAUUUACAACAGUUGACAAAUGUCAACCACAUUUACAAGCUGGUGCAAAAAAAGUUGUUAUUACAGCACCAUCAGCCGAUGCACCAAUGUUUGUUAUGGGUGUUAAUGAAGAAAAAUAUACUGGUCAAGAAACAGUUGUUUCAAAUGCAUCUUGUACAACAAAUUGUUUAGCACCACUUGCUAAAGUUGUUCAUGAAAAAUUUGGUAUUGUUGAAGCUUUAAUGACAACUGUACAUUCAUAUACAGCUACACAAAAAACUGUUGAUGGUCCAUCAAAUAAAGAUUGGCGAGGUGGACGUGGAGCUGCUCAAAAUAUUAUUCCAUCAUCAACUGGAGCUGCUAAAGCUGUUGGAAAAGUUAUUCCUGAUUUGAAUGGAAAAUUGACAGGCAUGGCUUUUCGUGUUCCAACACCUAAUGUUUCAGUUGUUGAUCUUACUGCUCGAUUAAACAAAGGCGCUAAAUAUGCUGAAAUUUGUGCUGCAAUAAAAGAAGCUGCAAAUGGUCCAAUGAAAGGUAUUUUGGCUUAUACAGAAGAUGAAGUUGUUUCAACUGAUUUCAUUGGUGAUACUAAUUCAUCAAUCUUUGAUGCUAAAGCAGGCAUUUCACUUAAUGAUAAUUUUGUAAAACUUGUUUCAUGGUAUGAUAAUGAAUAUGGUUAUUCACAUCGUGUUGUCGAUCUUAUUCAAUUUAUGGCAAAGAAAGAUCAUGGACAUUGA